AUGACCUCGCUCAAGCCCGACAACGUGUUACACCAAUCCUUGAACAGAAAAGGCGAGGUAAAGACGAUACCUAGCGCGAGGGACGAGAACCGGAACGUAACUGUUGGUAUGCAGUUGGUGUUGGUUGUUGUUGCUAUUGCCGGUGCGAAGGAUUUGGCGGGGCAGGCUGUUCUCAGACUUGGUCAGAUGGGGGAUCUGGUUGUGGCGUUGAAAAAGGAGGUUGUUGAUGUGUUUGGGGACGAGGGGAUGACGAGGCGGUCGUUGUUUAAGUUGCAGUUGAUGGAUAGUCUUUUUGAGGGAGUGUCAGAGGAUGAAUCCUUUGGAAAUUAG